GCAGCGAACACUGAAACCAGCUCAGAAGAAGCUCAAUUGACGGAUGCGGGUAUAAGCUCUCCUAUUAUAUUCAGUCGGACACCGAAAGACGACCUCCUCAUAACCACCUUGGCCCUCUAACACCAUGUGCGUGAGACCGCUUGGAAGCUGCGGAGAUUGUACUCCGGAAAGCCACCCGGCGACAAAAAGCAAAAAAUCACGCGCUGUCCCAACCACGCACCGAGCAACACGGCUUGCAGCCCAAAAGGAAUAUGACCUGAAGGAACUGUGGUGUGCGUUCGUACGGAGCCACCAGAGGCCUGCAGCCAGUGCAAGGCAAAGCAAUGCACACGAAAGCAGCCCGCAUGAAAUGCUUCAACGCUGAAAGCCACGACGCGAGCAACCAACAGAGCAGGGUCCAGAUCAGGGAGGAAAACAUUAGAAUGGAAAAGUGGGGGACGGCGGUUG